ACCAGAUGCUAUAUACCAUGAUGAUGGCAUUUCAUUAGUAGAAAAGGAAGUGAAAAUGACACAGAAGAAAAGACAAAAGGCGACGGCGCGAAAGGCAUUGCAUUGGAACUUGUAACACCACUGGUACCAGCUUGGAUGUGGCAUCCAAAUCUGCACCACUCCCAUUGCUAUUUAUAGCCUGGGAUUCUUGGUUUUCUUUGGUUCAUGUGAUCAACUCCAGGCCCUGCAAAGCAGCAAUGAAGAUCUUUGAUUGGAUUCAUGGAAAGAUCCAUGGAAAGCAAUCUGUCAGCAAACCAAAUCCAAAUACAACUCCCUAUGCAUCUCAUGCAAGUGAGAAAGAAGAAUUCAGUGACUGGCCUAAUGGGUUACUAGCAAUUGGGACAUUUGGGAAUAACACUGCAAAAGAUUCUGCAGAAAAGUCCAGCAAAAAUCUUCAAGAAACUCCUUCUUCCUCCUGUGAAGAUCAGCAGGAUCAAGAAUUGACAGCUGAAGAAGUUGGGGAGCUGAGCAAAGAGCUGAAGCUUCUGGUGCAUAAACACUCAGUGAAUGGAUCAGAAAAGGACAAAGUGGCACUACAGAAGCUGUUUGACUGUCUGCAGAACAUGGAGGAAGAUGAAGAAGAAACAGCCAUCACAGAGCUGAUUUCUGAGAGUUGUGGGAAAGAAGAAAGCACCAAACAGCAUGGCAAAGAAGUUCAAAUGGAAGACAAAAGCAGCAGCCACAUUAGCAAAAAGUCUCUAUCUUUCCUCCUCAAGAAGGCGAUUCUCUGUCGAGGCGGCUUCCAAUUCACUCCUCCUCCUCCCCCUCCCCCUCCUCUCCCUCUCAGGGAAAGGUUUCCAGCAGAGACGAAAUUCGAGAAAUCAAGAAUGGAGAAGAUUCUGAGAGCUAUUUUGCACAAAAAGAUAUACCCCCAGGCAUCCAAUCCAAGGGCUGCAACCAAAAAGUAUCUGGAUAACAACUUGUAUUUAUGUGAGAAUACUGAUGAUGAUAGUGAAGAUGAAGCAGUGGGGAAGCAGGCCAGUGAGGGAAGGAGCAAAUGGGUGAAGACAGAUUCUGAUUUCAUUGUUCUGGAGAUCUGAUUUUCCUCUUUUUUUCACCACCUUUGGAGAUUUCAAGGAGUUUAGAGUAGGGAGAGCUGGGGGGAUAUCUGAUCUGAUACAUCCACAAAUUACACAGGAACACUUGUUACAACAACAUCUGAACUCUGAUAUGGUUAUAGUCAAGACCACCUUUUUUUGCCAUGGCUGAUUGAUUUAGUGCAACAUGUAAACACAAAAGUCACCAUUGUUGUUUGCCAUGGUUGUACGAGGUUUCCAGAGGCUGGGAUUCAAUAACUGGGUAAAGACAUCAAGAAUUUGGUUCAUCAAUUUUGGGAAAAAGCUGAGGGUGGAAGAUUGGUGGGGGGGUUGGGUUUAAUUAUAUUAAUUUGUGUUGCAUUCAAGUUACAGCACAGUAUUAUUAUUGGUCUGAGAUGGUUCAUGUUUUUGCUGUUGAUAUUAAUUUGUAUCAUAUAUGCAUUAUCAUGAAUAAAGAGAUCACAACUGAGACAGUUCUCUUUGUCUUGCAACAUGAAAUUUUAAUUUGUUGCCACCACGUAAAGAGAGAGUAUAAUGUUCAUCAUGGGUUAUGGGCACCAUGUCCACAUGGUAUUUCGUGACCAAAAAACAAAUGUUGUGCCACAUAGGAGGGUUAUUUUAUCUGGAUUUGACAGGGAAUUCGAUUCUUGAUUUCGAUGGGGAAGGAAACGAGGAUGGAGAUUAUUUUGUAAUCCUUAUAGGUUCGGAACGGGUCUUAUAGAGAAAGUCUAUGCUAAUGUCGGUAUUCAAU